AGGACUUGGUGCAUUGGGCUGGGAGGUCGACGCGAUCACCUGACCGAGGGGUCCGGCCGGACAUGGUGUUUCCUCCGCCCGCCGGCGACCGUGGUGCGAUCGCUGGGCUGGACUCCCUGCGCCACAAUCGCGCUGAACCCUUCGAUGCGUGGUCAGCUGGCCAGGCUGGAUGCCAAACCGCUGUCGCCAGCGAAACGCCGCCCGGAUUGCCGCUGCAAUCCGAUCUGUCAUGUCUCCCAUCCCACGCCCUCGCACCCCCAUAAAAGCCGCCGCUGGCUUCCCGAGGACAGCAGCAUCGCCCGCCUACUCGUCCCAGCGCAUUCAUUCGCCUCCAGCUGCUCUACCAUGCCGCCUUCUGCCGAUCCCGCCAAGCCCAAGGGGUGCUACAUUCGCACCAACAUCAAGGCGCCCAACAAUACUACCGAUCUUUGGUUCCUCGAGCUCGAACUCAUUCGCGGAGGUCGUUACAAAUGCCGCGAUCUUUUCGGCGAGUCUUUCCAAGAAUAUGGAUUGAGAAACCCGAAAGAUGUCAGCGUCUACUGUCGGGCUGCUGACAAAAUCGACGAGUUCCUGUUCGAACUCAAAGCUGCAACCCUGAAUGCAGACUGCAGCUACCGUGCUGACGCCAUCAAACUUCUCUCCAAAUUCGACCUCGAGACCCACCAACGCAGGGAAAUACCACCCUACGGCAGUUUCCGCUACGUCCCGUCGCCCGACAUCGCACUCUUCCAGCGGGUCUUCUACAAGCACAAAGAUAAGCCCGUUCCCGCACCUAGUCAUCAGAAGCUGGGAUUCUACAAUCUCGGUAAAGACGGCGUAUAUACGAAGAUGGCUCGCUUCGUGCCCGAUGGAUUCGGCCUCGAGUGUAUCCCCAAGAAGCCCAGUGAUGAAAAUGGCAUGGUGGUCCUCCAAGGACAUUUCAGCCAACUACAGCCAAUCCAAUAAAAAACGGGACACCCGGGUUUUGACCAUUGA